ACUUUUCUGAAUUAAGCACAUAAAAACGCGCACCCUUAGUUCGGAGAUCUUGAAAAUCAUUAUUUUCAAUAAAUAAAAUUUCGAUUAAAACACAUAAGCCAGUCUACUAAUUUAUGAUGAACACAAAUAAAGUUUGUGCUUCGUGCUGCGAAGUCGUUUAUCCUCUGGAAUUGAUAAGAUGUUUUGAUCAGGUAUGGCAUAGAAGGUGCUUCCGUUGUCAGCACUGUGGGAUGGCCUUAAGCAUAUGUAACUAUCAUGGUGGGUAUGAUAAGAAGCCAUAUUGUGCAGCACACACUCCAAAGCCAACCUCAUUUACAUUCAUUCCGGAUACACCAGAACUAUUGAGAGUAGCUAACAAUACAAGAAUGUUUAGCAGUGCAAACAGUGUUCGUUCUGGACGAAGCUCUGGAUUUGAUGAACGCUGCUCACCACAAUCAUAUGGACGUAGUACUUCAUACUACAAUAGUUAUACACCACCACCUACUCGAUUUGGAUUAAGCAAUCAUUGCACUUCACCUCAUACUUUUUCAAAUUCGUCAGGCAUAAAUUCUAGAUCACUGUCAAAUAGUGGUGGAUGUCAUCUUAAAAUCGAUCCAAUCAAUCAUCAUCAUCAUUAUGAUCAAGGGCAUACACCACCGGCAAAUCAUAAUGGAUUAAGUCGUUCUGGUUCUUGUCAUUCAGUUAUUAUUACUCCUACAGGUCUUCCUCCUGGAACUAACAAUAACACUGCUGGUGGCAAUGUAGGUUCUACAGAAACUAUUAAUAUACCUAGAGGUUCGACGGUUAACCUAAACUUUCAUGGUCAUACACACCAAAAUUCAGGAUUUGGUGGGACUUUUGUAGCACAGUAUGGUUACGAAGCUAGAGAAGACGAUGAAGUGACCUUCAAAUCUGGUGAUAUUAUAGUGAAUGGUGCACCUAUAACCGAAGGUUGGAUGUAUGGUACUGUUCAACGAACUGGAAAAUUUGGAAUGCUUCCAUCGAAUUAUGUUAAACCAUACCGUUAAACAUUUCAAUCAUUAUGUUUACUAUUUAUAACUAUGAAUAAGUUUUUCUCUCAUUUAAUUUGUAUUAUUAAUUCAGGUAGCUUUCCUUUAUUUUAUUAUAGUCCUAUAAACGCAUAUCACUAUCAUCAUAACAUAUCAUGAGAAUUCAUUUAAACAAAAAGACCUCUGACAAAAUUCAUUAGGCAAAUAACGUUUUUUUUUUAUCUUACUCAGAGAUUUCUCAACAUAUUUCAUAAAAUCUUUUCAAACAAAUCACAUAAACUA